AGGCUCAGUGCUGGGGCGGAAGUGCUGGAGAGCUGCUGCGCUGAUGCUGGAGCCCGAGGCUGAGUCCACGCAUCUCUCCACCUGGGUUCUUGGAGAGGAGGAGCCCCUGUCCUGCACCCUGGUGUCGGAUCUCAUGUAUUGCCCUAGUUUUAAAGCCAUACAAAUUUAACUAGCCUUGGGACAGAGAAUACUUCCAGGGUGGUGCCUGCUUAGCCCCUGAGGCCAGGCCAUUAGAUACCCUAGCAAGGGCUUUGGGCUUCUGCUUUUCCUUCCUCCUUCCCUAGGAAGCUGCUAGCAGUUGGUCCUCUAACAUCUGGGCCACUUCCCAGAGCCCUCUGGGAGGAUAUCUACUAGGUCCCGCCUCCUGACUUCAGGCUUCCAGCACUUCCGCCCAGCUGAGUGAACAGGGUCCUGUCUGUCUUGUCUGUCACAUGGCAUCUCAUGGAGCCUCCAGCGACAUACACAGUAUUGACCACUUCUUCCUUCCGGAUACACUCUGCUCCCUUAACUUCUCCUCUUAUGGUCACUCCUAGACUGCUUUGCAGUCACAUCUUAGCUCUUGGGUGUUAGAUCUUUGUCCUACGCUCCCUUCUCUCACUCCUUCCCCUCUUGCUGGGCAGUCUACCCAGGCCCCCUAAUGUGUGUCUGCUUGCUCAUCUCUGCUAUAAACCUGUAUAUCCUCUAUAUAUCCAACUGCCUAGGUGACAGCUCUGCUUGGAUGUCUUGAAGGUACGCUAAACUCCACAUGUUCAAAGUUGACUUAAUCAUCUCUUCUCUCAGCUGUUGAAUUGUGUCCCCCAGAAAGUUAUGUUGAAGUUCUAGCCCACCUGUACCUGCAAAUAUAACCUUGUUGGAAAUAGGCAUUUUCUUUUAUGUGAUGAGGUCAUACAGGAGGAGUAGGAUGGGUCCUUGAGCUAACUGAGCAUAGCAGGCAGUGGAGUGGGCAAAUCCCCCCUUCUUUGGUAAGAGUGCUAAGUAUCAGCAUGAAUCCAGUUCGCACCUCGAAAUUGAUCUAGUCAUCACUUCCCUACUUCUCCAUCCUUGUCACCAACCGCUCCAAGCAGUACUCUCUCUCAUCCCAGCCACCUGGGCUGAGGUCAGGGGGCACUGGUUGCAAACUCAGAAAUCCACAUGAUUCCCUCCACUUCAGAGCAGCUGGCUCUUCUUUCUCUUCCCUAGCCACCUGGGGACUAGGUCAGAACAAAAUGUUCUCUCUCUCUAACCCAGAAGCUCCACUAAGUCCCCAUCUUCCAAAGCCUUUAGUGGCCAUGGUCAAUUACAUCACACCUCCUGAGGCUUAGUGUCGGCCCCCAGGUGGUCUGGCUCUCAGGGACCCAGAACAGAAGGCCAGGUGGUUUUCUGUACCUCACAUUUCUAAGCCUAAUCCCCUGUGAGUGGUGUUACAAAGAGCAGAACAGACACAGGUACACACAGGAGGGAAGAGACCAUGUGGAGAACCAUCUACCAGCAAAGAACACCUGGGGCUACAGUCAAGGAAGGACCCUUCCCCAGAGCCAGUGCCCUGAUUUGGACUUCUAGCCCCUAAAACUGAGAGACAAUAAACUUGUUUUCUUAGAAGCCACCCACUUGUGGUAUUUUUUGCCAUAGCAGCACUAGGAAAUGAGCCAGUGCUCACUGUUUCCAGGAAUGGCAUUGCCAUUUGAGCCUGGGAGUCAUUCUUACUGCUUCCGUUUCUUCUCCCCUCUUUCUCCACCCUUCAGCAGUGCUGCCCUUUUAUUUUGAGCCUCACUCACUACCACCACAGGGUCUUUUCGGUGUUCUACUCCUCUGCCUGGAAUUCUCUUCCCUCCAUCACCUAGUUAAUGCCUAACCAUUCUUCACCUCUCAGCUCACGCAUGUCUCUACAGAGCCUCUCUGACCUCUGUCCUGGCCGCAUCACUUCCCACCCUCCACCCCUGUCACCCGUAGCCUCUGUGUUUCUCUGUGGUUGUUGCUGGUGGCAUGUGUGUUUGUUUGUGUGACUUUGGCUCAUGCCUGCAUUCUAGGUUAACGUCUGUUUAUUCUAGAAUGUAUGCUCCGUGAGAGCAGAGACCUGUCUGUCUUGCUCACCAUGCAAUAAAUACUUGUUGAAUGAGUGAAUGGAGCCCUAGCCUGACUUCAGCUUUUUGGGUGGAUUGGGGGAUGUGGGGUUUUGCUCCCCUUGACUCCUGUAUCUGUGGGGAAGGGGAACGGGAUAGGAAAUUCUGUAAUUCUGCCUCGUCCUUAGAGAAAACUGUGUAGAAGGAGAGAGGCUGGGAAAGCUGAAGGUUACUGACUGCUCCUCCAUAUCAGGCCUGUCAGACCCGUGCCCCAUUUAAUUCUCAAAACGACCCUCUGAGAACUCAAAUUUUUAUUAAAAAAAACAAAAGCCAGACAAACUGGAACAGUAGAGAAAGAACGCCCUGAGACACUCUUCAAACCUAGAGCCAAGUCUAUCCCCCUGAGAUCACCUUUUAGCAAAAUAUAUUGCCCAUAAGAUUGUGACCUAUUUAAAAGCCAUCAGCAUGAGACCAGAAGGUUAACAGUUAAUUAAAAGCAAGAAUGAGAAGAUAAGGGGCAGGGAAACCAGAAUACUGGAAAGGGAACAAACGACACAGUUAAAGAGGUGUUGACACAUUGUGAUAAAUGUAACUAAUGUCACUGAACAGUUUGUGUGGGAAUUGUCAAAUACAAACUUUCUUGUAAACUUUCACAAAAAACUCAAUGAAAUAUUUAAAAAAACACAAGCAUCCCUGUGAGUGGUUAUCCUCAUUUUUAUAGAUGAGGACCUGAGGCUCAGUGAUGGUGAGGGAAGGGUGGGAGAUCAAGUAGCUAGUAAACAGACAGAGCCUAACCUGAGCUGGGUCUGACCCCAAGCCCAUGCCCUUUCUACUACACCAUUGGCUUUCAGAAACAUUCUAAGCAUACUUUUGUUAAAGCCCUGUAUGUAAAAGGCAGUGGCAUGGUUGUCCCCCUACUCUCACCCUGGCAAUGCCUAGAAAGCCAUCAGGCUCCAGGGAGAGCAGCUUGGAAGCCCUGCACAGCCCUCUUGCUCCAGUCAGAAGAGAAUAGAUGGAGGCAGCAAGAGGAGGAGAGAGAUCAGACUUGGAAAGAUGAGGGUGUUCCCUUUUAUAGCAAACGUCCAGGCUGCCCCAUUGAGAUUCCUGGCAUCUCAAAGCCUGAGGUCAGAGCAGGAAGCCAGGCCCCCAGUAGAGCAAAUUUUGGGAAGCUUUACUGACUGGCAAGAGCCUCACCUGCUUUUGGGUGACCCCCGCUGGACUCAUCUCCUUUCUAGACCUUAGAAGAUCCAGUUCUUAGAAGUCCAUUUGGCUAGUCUCAACUGAGACUUGGUCCAAAGUCGGUGGUUGGUCUCCUACUACAGAACAAUUAGAGUUCAUUUCCUGCCUCUGAGCCCUCUAACAAUGACAACAAUAACAGUAAUGGCGACAGUGGCCGCCAUUAUCGGGUGCUGUUAUGAGUCGGAAUUGACUCGAUGGCACUGGGUUGGGCGGGUCACUUACCAGGUCUUUGUAGGACUUUUGGUGUGCGCUUUACCACACAAGUCUUCACAGCCCCCCUGUGAGGGACAUGGCUGUCCUAGUUUACAGUGAGGAGCGUAAGCUACAGAGCGCUUGAGCAGUGCUCAGUGCUCGGAGCUGAUGAGUGGCAGAGCUUCCCUGCUCACAUCCUCCCCUCUCUCCACCAGAGUCGCUCACGGACAACUUCACCUGUCGUGGUGAGUGUUAAAACCACAAGGGGAUAUGUAAGGCAUGGCCAAUCCCAGGAGCUCUGAACAUGUAGACAGAGAAGGCAAGUUAGUCAAAGAGACAGCAUACCGUCCUUCUGCAGAGCCUUCCUGGACCUCCCUGACCAGGUCGUUUUCCCCGUUAUGUGCUUUCCUGGCAUUCACUGCUUUCUCUGUGCUGUGCCUAGCACAGGUGGGAGUCCACAUUUAUUAGGAUUCUUUGAUUAAUUGCUGUCAUCCAUCUGCCCUGCUCCUGAGUUCUGUGAGCCACAAAGACUUUGUUUCACCUUAGACUGGGUUCCCUAGAGAAGCAAAACCAAUAAAGCAUAUAAAUAUAAACAGAGGGAGAUUUAUGUCAAAGAAACGGCUCAUGCGAUUGUAGAGGCCGGAAUGACCCCAAGUCCAUGGAUUAGGAUAGAGGUUUCUCCUGACUCAUGUGGCUGCAGGGCUGGCGAACCCAAGAUCGAUAGGUCGGAGAACAGGGCUCUGCUCACAGACUGUGAAGAUCCAGAAGUCCCAAGAUCUGCAGAUAAGCUGAUAGCUCAAGCCCCAAGAACCGGAGGUCAGAGGAACAGGAGGCAGCCGCAGGAUCUAGAGUGAGCAGAAAGCCAGAAGAAGGUCUGCUUAUAUUUGGAUGCGGGCCACACCCCUAAGGAAACUCCCUUUCAACUGAUUGGCUACUCACAGCAGAUUCAGUUAUGGGAGUGACCGCAUAUAAUCACUGAGGAUCAAGGCCCAGCCAAGCCGACACACAGCCUUCACCAUCACACCCUCCCCCCUUUCACUAUAACCCCAGUGCCUAGUAGAGUGCCUGGCCCAGGGUAGGUGCUCUGUAUGUUUGUGGAAUGAAUGAAUAAGGGCCAAAUAAAUGGUAGACAGGUGCCUCAGGAGUGAGUGAAGGAGGGCUGGUUUGUGGAACAUUCAGGUGAAAAAGAAGGGGCUGGCCAGAAAGGAGAGAUGGCGUGAAUAAAUAAAUAUGUAGAGGUGGCAAUAAAAUAAAAUGUUCAGAGAAGAGCGUAGCACAGCAUGGUUGGAGCGGAGGGUUGGUGAGGGAAGUGGAGGGAGCUGAGGUUGGGAAGAUAGAUGGGGUCAGAUUGGGAGGCGGGUUUGUGUGCCAGGGUUAGGGCUUUAUUUAGGGGAGCAGGGGAAUAAGAAGAGUAAAGUGUGGAUUUAGGAAGAUGGGUGUGGCGGUAGUGUGGGGCUGGGUUAGAAGUGAGGAAAGGUAACGGUGCCACGUCAAAGGCUAACAUGAUAGGCUGCUUUGAUGUGGGCGAGUGGGAGAAGUCAUGUGACUGGAGAGCAGUCAUUUCCAGAGGUGGAGUCUGGAGCAGAUGGCUUAGAAGGGAAGAUGCCUGGCUGUUGUAGACAUACCAGCUUCAGUCUUGUGGUGCAUCUGUUUGGAGAGGGCCCUGAGGCAGUGAGACAUGUAGGGCAGACUGGAGACAGGUGGGGCUGGAGAUGGAAAGUGGAAGAGGUCCUGGAGGGUGAGGGCUGAGGGCCUUGAAAAAGCAGAGACGGUGUAGAAUGAGCAGGGGAGGGCCGUGUGGACUGACAUUUGUCCACAUUUGGGGCCAGAAGAGGAGGUGGAGUUGUUGAAUGGAGGGCCUUGAGCCAGGAGUAGCAAGAUGGAAGGACAGUGAUAGGGUGCUGAGUGUACUGAGCACCUAGCAGCAUAGAGUCCAGUUCAACACCCAGACAUUCAGGCUUACGUUCCCAAACUUACUUCCUGGGAUAAAUAAUUCCAUACCGUAAUAUAGUAAAUGCCUGAAUCUGUUCAUUUUGUCUCUAUCAAGGGAAUCACAACUGUUUAUUAUUCUUAAAGGGAGAAAUCAGAGCAGACGUGCUAAUUGAAUAAGCAGCGUGUUACAUUAGAGAUGUCAUCAAAUAGACUGAGGAAAUCACUUGACAAAUGACUCGUUAGAAUUAAGUCUCUGUGGAAACAAUUGUACGUUAAUAGAAUAGACGAAGAAAGCAACCAAAGGAAAAAGAUAAAUUGGACUUCAAAAUGAAAAAUGUACAUAAAGAACGCUAUUAAGAAAGUGAAAAGAGAAUCCACAGAAAAGAUGAAAUUUGCCAAUCAUGUAUCUACUAAAGGUCUUAUAUUUAGAACGUAGUAUUUAGACUAUAUAAAGGACUCUCACAAAUCAGCAAUAAAAGGACCAACCCAAUUUAAUAAUAGACAAAGCAUCUUAGUAGACAUUUCUCAGAAGAUACAGCGAUGGCCAAUAAAUCCAUUGUGGUUGAGUCAGUUCCUACUCAUAGUGACCCUAUAGGCACAUGAAAAGAUGUUCAACAUCAUGAGUCAUCAGGGAAAUACAGAUUAAAAACCACAAUGAGAAAUCGAUUCACACCCAUUCCGAACCAAAACCCAUAGCCAUUGAGCCUAUUCUGACUCAUCGUGACCCUACAGGAUAGAAUAGAAGUGCCCCAUAGGGUUUCCAAGGUUGUAAAUCUUUAGGGAAGCAGACUGCUGCACCUUUCUGCCACAGAGCAGCUGGUGGAUUCAAACCACUGAUCUUGCCGUUAGCAGCCUAGAGCCCUAACCACUGCACCACCAGGGCUCCUUUCACACCCAUUAAAAAAUUAGGGGGGCUAAAUCAAAAGGACAGACAAUAACAAGUAUUGGAAGUUAGGGUGUGGACAAAUUGAAACACUCGUAUGUUGCUGCGGGGAAUGUAAAAUGGUACAGCUGCUGUGGAAAACAGGCCGUUCCUCAGGUAAACGUAGAGGUAACCCAGCAGAUCCAUUUGUAGGUAUAUACACAAGACAAAAAUGUCAGUCCUCAUACAAAAAACUUGUACACAUAUGUUCAUAGCAGCAUUAUUCAUUGUAGCCAAAAGGUAGAAACCACCCACAUGUCCAUAAACAGAAUAAUAAGUAAAAUAUGGACAGUUCAUACAAUGGGAUAUUAUUGGGCAACUAAAAGAAAUAUACCUGCUACAACAUGGACGAACCUUGAAAACAUGCUAAGUGAAAGAAGUCAGACACAGGAGGUUAUGUGUAUGAUUCUGUCAAAUCUGUGGAGAUAGAAAGUAGAUUGGUAGUUCCCAGGGCCUGGGGAGGACGGGGAAGAGGGGCGGCUGCUGACAGGUGCAGGGUUUCUUUUUGGAGUGAUGAGAAUGUUCAGCAGUUAGACAGUGGUGAUGGUGACAUAACUGUGGAUAUACUAAAAACCACGGAGUGUAUUCACUUUAAAAGGGUGAAUUUUUGUGGAAUAUAAAUUAUGUAUCAAAAGAAAGACCACAUCAUUAAAAAGGAAAAAAUGGUUCAGAGUUCUUCCCUUCUUCGCAGUGAGAGUGGACAUUCAUCCAGUGCCCUCUGCUAAGGGGAGUUUGGCAGGGUGCAGCCAGUCCCCUUCCUCUGAACAAAGAGCCCACGAUGGUCCGACUGCGGAUACAGAUACAUCUGUCCGCCUCUGGUCCCGUAAGGUUUGUUUGUUUUAAAGUGAAAGCAGCUCUCUCGUUUUAUCACUUCCCCCUAAUGGUUUUAAAGACCCCAAACCCCUGGAGUAAAUAAGCAGGGGGGCUGCAGGGUGCAUCCUAGUCCCCUCAGCACCUCAUCCUCCUGGCUUCAUUCACCCGCCCGGCAGCCCUGCAGCCUUUCGCUCCCUCUCAGGGCAGCGCCUGCCGUGGCUGCUCUGCUCCUGCCGCAGGCACUGGCCGGGAAGCUUUGGAGGGGAAGCCCACUGGGCCUGGGCCACUCAUGGGCUCCGGGCAGCAGCAGGGGCUGCAUGUGAUCAAGAAAUGGCAGCAGCCAGGGCCUGGCACCCCCUCUUGCUGCACCCCAGAUGUGUGCCAAGUCCUGAUCCUGCUGCCAGUGAAGACCCCACCCAGCCCAGCGUCACCCCUGGCAAGGCCGGCCUCCUGUGUUUGGUGCAUACAGCCCUCUGGCCUUGUCCAGUGGGCUCCCGUAAGGCUUUAAUAUAAUAGGCUUUGCUGUGGGGAUUUAACUGCGGAUAGUAUUGCCUGUAUACAGUACGGUGUUCGCACAACAGCUGAAUCUUUUAAGGCCCUAUUUCACAGAGUGUGUUGUGGAUGUUCAGCGAUGUGUACCUGUGUUUUUUUGAGAUCCAUUUUCUUUCUUCUGGGAUUCCAGUUGCAUGUUGUCAUAUUGCUGGAUAUUGCCCCACAGGUAUCUAGGCUGCACCUUUUUUUCAGUCUUUUCUUCAGAUUAAAUAAUUUCUCUUCAUUGAUCUUUAAGUUCACUGAUUUUUUCUUCUGCUGUCUUCUGUCUACUGUUAAGACUGUCAAGUGAAUUUCAAUUUAGUUCUUUUUAUAGUUUGGAUUUUUUGCUGCAAUUCUUUAUCCGUGUAUUUUCCUUAAAGUCCUUUAAGUGCUUUAAAGUUCCUGUCUUCUAAUUGCAACGUCUGGUUCAUCUUGGCAGACGUUGCUUUGGACUCCUUUUUCUUAUUCUUGAAUAUGGGUCAUAUUUUCUUAUUUCUUUGCAAGUCUAAUGGUUUUUGAUUAAACAUGACAUUAUAAACGACCUUACGGAGAUUUUGGACUCUGUGUUUUGGCAGCUGAUGUGGCUAUCUCCUUUGCGUUAGCAGCAGUUGAAAUCUCUACUUGGUUCUUUCAGUUUCCAGCUGCUGCUUUUUUGCUGGUACCCUGGAAUCUGCAAACAAGGAUUUGAGCAUAUCUUACAUGCAGAUUUGAGAUUCACUUCCUCUGUGAUGCCAUUCCUUCCAGGAUUUUCCCGUUGCUCUGCCUGAACUGUGCCUGGGAGGGCCUGGGGACUGCCCUCAAGCCAGAGCUACAGAUUCACACUUCUCACCGGUUCCUGUCUUUCUUGGUAGACUCUCCAGUUUCUCCGAUGCCUUCAAAUGAUUUUUAACUACAUUGUCCACAUUUUAUAAUUGUUACCUGAGGAAGAGUGGUGUGACCAAGCUGCUUUGCCGCUGUUGGAAGCCAGAAACCAUUCUUUCUGGGCUUGCGUUCCAUCUCCUCCCGGGGCACCCAGGCCUGUGCUCAGCUGUGGUUUGGUUGAGACAGGCCUUUCCCUCUGAGAGCAGUGGAUCCAGCUGAGCAGCAGAAGGGGGCCAGGGCGCCACGCCCUGGACAGCGAGUCUGCCUCCAGCAGCAUCCGCGUCAGCAAGGCCUGCCUGAAGAAUGUCUUCUCAGUCCUGCUUAUAUUCAUCUACCUGCUGCUCAUGGCUGUGGCUGUCUUCCUGGUCUACCAGACCAUCACGGACUUCCGUGAGAAACUCAAGCACCCUGUCAUGUCUGUGUCCUACAAGGAGGUGAAUCGCUAUGAUGCCCCAGGUCUUGCCCUGUACCCCGGUCAGGCUCAGUUGCUUAGCUGUGAGCACCAUUACGAGGUCAUUCCUCCUCUGAGGAGCCCUGGCCAGCCGGGAGACAUGAACUGUACCACCCAGAGGAUCAACUACACAGACCCUUUCUCCAAUCAGACCAUGAAGUCUGCCCUGAUCGUCCGGGGGCCCCGGGAGGUGAAGAAGCGGGAGCUGGUCUUCCUGCAGUUCCGCCUGAACCGGAGCAGCGAGGACUUCAGCGCCAUCGAUUACCUCCUGUUCUCUUCCUACCAGGAGUUCCUGCAGAGCCCAGACAAGGUGGGCUUCAUGCAGGCCUGCGAGACUGCUUACUCCAGCUGGAAGUUCUCUGGCGGCUUCCGCACCUGGGUCAAGAUGUCACUGGUGGAGACCCAGGAGGAGGACGGGCGGGAAGCCGUGGAGUUUCGGCAGGAGACUAGUGUGGUUAACUACAUCGACCAGAGGCCGGCUGCCGAGAAAAGUGCACAGCUGUUCUUUGUGGUCUUUGAAUGGAAGGAUCCUUUCAUCCAGAAAGUCCAAGAUAUCAUCACUGCCAAUCCUUGGAACACGAUUGCUCUUCUCUGCGGGGCCUUCUUGGCAUUAUUUAAAGCAGCAGAAUUUGCCAAACUGAGUGUGAAGUGGAUGAUCAAAAUCAGGAGGAGACACCGUAGAAGAGGCCAGGCGACAAACCACAUCAGCUGAAGUCACUUUGUGUCACUUACAGAAACGUCCACAUCAUGGAAGUUCUCAUGGCUUCCGCUUCUGUAAACCCAGGGGCCAGCACUCCUGUAUUCACUUGAAGAAAUGGGGCCUUGCUGGGAGUAACAACCUGUCAAACCGGAACUUCUAACCUGGCCCCCCAAAAAUGCUGUUGAGAGCCUAAUGGAACAGAUCCAAUGAAUAACCUCAAAGUUAUUUAUGUAUUUAUUAAUGAACAUUUAAAAGGUUGUCCAAUGAUGUAUGAAUAGGGUUUGUAGAAGAUGGAAAUGGCUGUCAGGGUUUCUGGAAGUUACUCAGUUGUGGGAGACGCCUUCCUUCCCGUUGGGCUUGGGGUACAGGUAAGCUCCCCCAGGUUCGCCGAGGCUCUACCUUCUACCUUGAGUCCCCCCUGAGGUUUUUAAAGUGGACAGAGUGUGAUUGUCUUUCUCCAGAAGACUUGACUGUCCAGGUGUACAGGUCAUGCUUGGAAACCUGUGUCUGUGCAUAAGGGAGGGCACACCCUCUUGGCCCCAGCAUUGCCUGCUAUCUGCAUUGUCCAGCUUCUGACGAGUUCUCAUGUGUUAAGCAAGACUUUAAAAGCUGCUAGUAACUAAACGUCUUGUGGACUAGCCAGCCACUUCUUGUCCAGUGAUGCAGGACUAGCCAGCUACUUCCUGUCCGGUGAUGCAGGACUAGCCAGCCACUUCCUGUCUGGUGAUGCAGGACUAGCCAGCCACUUCUUGUCCGGUGAUGCAGGUGUCAAAGUUUAGAAUGAGAAAUGCGCAGAAGCACUUAGGGCAGAUGAACAUAGUAGGUGCCGACUUGGUGUGUCUUGAUGAUUUUAUCAACAGAAAGAAGUCCGGCUAAAUCAAAAAGAACUGAGUGUGCUGGCAUGAAUAUCAGGAGCCCUGGUGGUGCAGUGGUUAAAGCACUCAGCUGCUAACCAAAAGGUCAGCGGUUUGAACCCACCAGCCUCUCUGUGGCAGGAGGAUGUGGCAGUCUCCUUCUGUAAAGAUGUAGAGCCUCGGAAACCCCGUGGGGCAGUUCUACUCUGUCCUGUAGGGUCGUUAAGAGUCAGGAUCGACUCAACAGCAGUGGGUUUUUGGUUUUGGCUAAAUCAUUAGGCACCAGUGCUCUUUCAUCCUGUAACCUCCAGUAAUGAAAAGUAGCGUGAGUCUAGACUCCUGAGAUGGAGCCAGGGUUAUACUGCGUACAGAAGAGUAGGUUGGGCAUGGUGAUGGAGGGGGCUGGUCAGGAAGAGGGGCCUGUCGAGUCCCGUGGACAAGCUGUGUGACCGUUACCAUGUCCUGAACAACCACUUGUCUGAGAAAUGGGCUUUCAGCUCAGCCUCUGACAGGGAGUGCUUAUUUAAAACAAACAAACAAAAAUUCGGAAUUUUUCACAUGGUAGCCAUUGGCUGAUUUAAGGUUAUAAAAGUUGUUACCAGAGAUUUAAUUUACAUGCCCUUUGCAUCCAAAAGGACUUAGUUGCAUUUCUUGAAUUUAGUAACUUGGAUUUAGCUAAUUCAAAGAAACAAAAUUCAAAUGUUUGAGUAAGGCACUUUUAUCUCGUGUCUAACUUAGCAGCAAGAAAUUGUGUUUUUUUGGUUAGCUAUGGAAACUGACUGUGAGAAAUACUCCCUCCUACUUCUGAGAAGUCAGACUUGAGCAGGGUCUCUACUCUGUAAAAUCUUACUGUAGGGCAAAUGCAGAGCCAGGCAUAAAACUUAAAAAUUCUUAAGAGAGCUUACAUUAAAAGUACUGGAAAAUAA